CAAUUCAUUUAUUUAUUGAAUGAGCUAGGAAUUAGUAAAAAUCCUAAAGAAGCCCUUAAUCUAUUUGAAGAAGUUUCCAAAAGUAAUUCCAAAUAUAAAGAUUCAGCAAGAGAAGUUACAGAACAGCUAAAGAUAUCUAAUUUUUAA